GUCAUGCUGGACUUGCGAAACAUCAAGACGAAAAGGCCAACGAAGAAGCUCGAUUACAAACGACUAGGACCAUUCACCGUCGAGAAAAAAGUCGGCUCACACGCGUAUCGACUCAAACUGCCGAAAACCAUGUCGAGGAUCCACCCCGUCUUCCACGUUUCCCUCCUGCAUGAAAUACCAGCAGACACUUUCGCGCGCCGGCCACCUGAAAAAGCGCCGCCAGUGGAAAUAGAUGAGGAGGGCUAUGAGCAGUACGAAGUAAGGGAGAUUCUGGACUGUAAGGUCGUAGGGAAGAAGGGAACCAAGCGCAAGGUUAAAUACUUCGUCGACUGGGAAGGAUUUGGUCCUGAAGCACGCACGUGGGAGCCAGCGGAAGGACUCGCCAACGCUAAGAAGAAGGUGGACGCCUUCCACGCGACCCACCCAGAUAAACCGCGUACGGUGGAGGAGUGGGACGUGAAGCCAAGCGCUCCCAAGGGGAGGAAGGGGAGGAAAAAAUAG